ACGCACCAAUCCCACGCACGCGGGCGCACAAACACACACAUACACAGAGAUCGGGCUGACAUGUAGCCUACUAUGACUUUGUUGCUUACGCGCAAAGGAAGAAGCAGGCAAGAGGAGAGUGAGAGUCUUGUUGCAUCACUUUUAGUGAAGGCUUUUCUAAUCUGGAGCUCGGAGGAGCAGCAUGAAGGAAGAAGAUCUGAUCUGAGGGGGAACAGGGCGAACUUGGGAAAAACAAAUCCCGGGAUAUCAUGAACUCAUGGGUUGUGUUUCAUUCUUAUAAGAACCAUCUUCAGCGGAUUGACAAUCAAAACAAGUGUUUGGGGAGAGAAUGACGACCACUGAGCCCAGUAGAGCAGCCAGCCCUGUGCCCAGCACCUCCUCAUCCCCCAGCCAGGCGCCCUGCUCCGCCUGGCCCCCCCUCGCCUGCCUCCAGAGGAGGAAGGAGAAGCUAUGCCGGACCGACCUGCCGGUGCGCUCGGCCCCGGGGGUGUGGCUCCUGGUGGGCGUGGGCGUGGUGCUGGUGGGGAUGUGCGUGGCGGUGGCCGGCUACGCCUCCGCCUCCUCUGCGCCCAAGCCCUUGCAGGGCGGCCGUGGGACGUCCCACUCCGAACGCAUGAAGCUGGCCGGGCCGGUGGUGAUGGGCGUGGGCCUGUUCAUCUUCAUCUGCUCCGCCACGCUGCUGUACGAGAACCGUGACAGCGCGCUGCUCACACUGCGGCCGGCGGGGCCCGGCGACGGGGCCCCGGUGCUGGGGGACGAGGAGGAGGGCUGCUCGCCGCGGCGGCCCUGCUGCAGCUGCCGGGACCGCAGACACCGGCCCCACCGCCGCUGCUCUGGGGACCCGGAGCAGGGGUCCUGGGCCUCGUCGCUGUCCCUCGCCCCGUCCCUCUGCGGGGACCACAGCGAUGAGGACCACCAUGAUGUGGAGCCGGGAUCAUCCAGCCCCGGGAGAGGUCAUGGGGUCCUCGCGGUCUCCCUCGCUCCGGGGGGGCAGGGCGGCGGACAGGGGGAGUCACCGGAUAGCGGAGAGGCUCAUGGAGGAGGAGGAGGAGGAGGAGGAGGAGGAGCAGAGGGCCAGCAGGUGGGGGUGAUGGUGGUAGAGGUGGAGGUGGAGGAGGUUGGGGGCGGGAGACUCUUGACCUGUGUGGUGCAUCAUCAGGAGCCCCCCGGACCCUCCUCCCAAACCCUUCCCUCCUCCCCCCUGGACUCCUGCAACUCCAGUGAGAUCGACUUCAACAUAAGAACCCUCCUCACCCCUCCCCUCCCCUAGGGAGAGCAGAGGACCUUCUCAGUGGGACGUAUGGCAAUCAGGCCCCAUCACGUCUCUACUCUGUCCUGCUACGAUACACGCUGUACAGUGGAUGAGAAGGAGAUGAGCUUGAUGGGGAAACACACUGAGGGUCCCUCAGUGAACGUUUGUCUGAGGACACUCUGUACUGACACACCCGUCCUUUAUAUUGACUCGGCUCUAGCGGCUGAGGAAGGCCAUUCCUUGGGAGAGAGAGGGCGGGACUUCUGAGUACGCUUCAGAGGGAGCCAUAUCUGUUUGAGUUUGGCCGGACUUGCGAGAGAGAGAGAGAGAGAGUCCAUUACAUGUUUCACUUAUCGCUAUGUCAAAUCCUCUCAAAAAGCAUAUUUAUUCUCCUGUUUAUUUUUGUCUGUCAUGCGCUCAUUCGUCCUGCUCCAGGGAGUGUGAGCUGGCCAAAACACAUAAGGUGUUACGGUUGACCUGAUAGCGCCUCACGCCUCAGCUUACAUGUGUAUGUAUGUACCAUGCAUCUCUCCAUGAAGUGACUGUGUUUAGGACCUAUUUAUUCCAGAGACCCUUGCUUUCCGGUCCUCAUUUCAGGGUGUUUGAAGUGUGUUGGGGGAUGGUCUGUUUGAGACAUCCGUUGCUGUUGGAGGGAGACCAUGCUCUUUAGUUCUGUUUUCCAGACUGUUGUCUUUAGCUGUACUCUCCCCCAAAUCCCACAAGCCACACGUGUCCUGCCCUGACCGUAUUUGGACUCGAGCAGCAAUGAAAAGGCUAUUCUGGUGCCACAUUGGGAGAUAGAGACUUAGUCACAUAGAGAGUCUGACCCCCCC